GCUCAUUCAUAAGAGACAUCAGUGCCAGUGUCUCAGCUUCAUUGUCAUCUCCGUCCUGCACCCCGAGGCAUUGAGGCUCUACCUCUUCUUUCUGUUGUCGGCAAUCCUUGUAAGGUAAUCACGACCACCACCUGUGGCAAGUGGCCACCACCAACACAAUGCCGACAGAGCGGGCAGUCUACGCAGUGCUCAUAGAGGAUGGCUAUGUCAAGAAUGGCAUCAUCAGAGUCAAGAUUGACGACGACAAGGACAUGGUAGACCUCUUAAGGGAGAUUGAAAACCAGUACAACUCUAUACCAACGCAGGAUGCUCUCAUCUGGCUGCCAAAUGAAUUCCUUUUUUUUGGGCGUUCAGCUCCAGAAGCUUUGAGGGCCCGACUGGCAGACCACAAGCUCAGUGACGUCGCCACACCUGCAGAGUACGAGCAAACCGUCGAAUCUAUUGUUGAGAUGAGUCGGUGUCAGUUGGAUGUGCAAGUCAAAAAGACACAUAUAAUCAUCGAGAUUCGGCGGCCGCCCGCGCGAGCCAGACCCAUAUUGCCAGAAGAGGCUCAGCUCGACGACUUCAUAGGGGUGCUUGCUCAAAAGUACAAACUUGUCGUCGCCGGUGCCAGGAAGUGCGAAAGUCCGUCGGUCAACGCCCAAUCCCAGUCUUAUAACGCCUAUCAGGGUAACAAGUUCCCCAUUCUGGAUGGACGUUACAAUGCAACCGCAUACGGACAAACGAUUGCGCCACCUAUCGAACUCUUUCAUCCUGUAUUCGCUCAGUUUCGCGCCAACCUUGCGGAUACAGAGAUAGUCAUCCCUGAAGAUAUCGUUCGUGAUACCGCGAGCCUCAUGCGUUCCAGCUCUGCCAUCCAGGUCUCUGAACAACCACGUACCCAGCAGUCCUGGAUGUUGCUAUCCAACAUUCUUAACCAAUCCUUUCACCAGGCCGUUAACUUCGAUCGUACAUUGGCGGACCACAUCUAUUUGUGUGGAGACACGACCGUCGAUGAAACGGCUGCAGUCGUCAUCGUAGAGGAGAAAAGUGAACUUGGAGCCGGCGGAUCAGAGCCCUCUGUCCAGGGUUCCUUCUCCUACCUAAAAUUCUGGGCUGAUGCAACUCAUCGGCAAAUUCGUGAAGGCUGCUGCUGUCCCAGUUUCAUUGUUGGAGUGGCAGGACCGUGGCUGAUAGUAUUAGGAGCUGUGUUCACCAGCCAGGUCAUCGUUCAACGUCUUACGGACUAUUUGUGGCUUGGAAACAGUCGUGUUGGCAACGACGACCACGUUCUUCGCAUUGCCCGUAUACUCUAUGCCCUCCAAGGUUCAGUCAAAGAGCUUAAAACUUACUAUGAAAACCUGAAAUCCCAGCCUCUCAAAGAGAACAAGCUCCAUCCUCGUUUUUUUCCCUCAAUCACCUCUUAUCGAUUCAAUAACAAGGACGUCAGCUUCACCUACAGUUCGCCACUGGAAUUGGCCGAAACAUGUGUGACGUUUUUAGCCACUUUGGAUGGGGAGGGGCAGAAGAAGGUCGUGGUCAAGUUCAUCCAGCAUUACGGCGCAGAAGCACACAAACUGUUGGCGGAGCUUCAGCUGGCGCCGGCGCUUCUCUACGUUGGACCAAUCGAUGGGUGCGGCGUCUCAUAUGGCAAGCUACAGAUGGUUGUCAUGGAAUACGUACAAGGUCAAACACUCGCGCAUGCCUAUAGCGAUGAAUCCCUACCGGGGGACGUCAAGAUGGCUGUCAAGAAGGGUGUCGACGCGCUUCACAACGAAGACCUUGUUUUUGGAGAUCUUCGUAGGCAAAAUAUCAUGAUUGCAGAUGCGACUGGCGAAGAGAGUGGAGGUGAUAGGGUCAGGUUUAUUGAUUUUGACUGGGCUGGGAAGGCUGGGGAUGUCAGGUAUCCUCUUCAUUUGGCCUCUUGCAUACGCGACAUCUCUGGCGCGUUGGAGUAUGAUCUCAUACAGAAAGAUCACGAUAUCAAGAUGCUACAUUCCUUGUGACAUCCAGACUCACGUUGACAGAGUGGGUGCACUUGCCCUGUUGUAACAUGAUGUAGGUUCAUUAAUGGAAAACAAUCCGAGUCGUAGGAAGGGAAGACAGGUCCAUCUGGACAGAAUGUCCUACUGGGACCGGGCACGUCCGGACGUCAUUUUCACCUGUCUGAAUCCUAGUCCACUGUGAUGUUGC